GCUAAACAGAGAGAGUAGUAACAACCAUUCCCAAUCUUGAGGACUGAGAGAGUCAAAGGUGCUUGUGCUUUUCAACUCAUAUAGGUCCCAUGGCAAGAUAUGUCUCAUCAUAUAGGACUCUUUUUCUGAGAAUUUACACUAUAUCUUAGAAUAGGAAAGAGAAGAACUUGAGCCUUCCUACCUAUAUAUCUGCUUAUCACAUAUACUUGGUCUGACCUCCCUCUCCAGACUGACUAUGAGCCAUCUUAGUGACAUUACAUGACAAACAAAGAGAAUAAUGACUUCAACAGAUGCCUUCUGAGAAUCUAGAAUUUUAUAGUCACUAUUUAUUGGGUGUUCCCACUGGAACCAACACUCUGACUUACUAGGACAGGGACUUGUGGUCUGCUAUUCAGAAUAUUCCUGAUGGAUGUAUAUAGCAUCAUGGCUAGUCAGAGUGUAGAAGAGAAUUGUGAAAUCAAUGUGAGCCCAGUUGUUAAUCAAGAACCUGAAAGCGAGGCUCUUGAUAUAUAUAAUUCUUCACAUGAUUCAGAAACAGAUUCAAGAGAGGGUCUGGUGAGACAAGAUGAUCAAGAUGUCAUACAAGAUCAAGCCUAUGAAGAGAGCGCACUACCUGAAGACCAAAGCCAACCUCUAGCCAGUGAGGAAGAUAACACCAACCUCUUCAGUCUGCCCUUCCCCAGGAAGCUUUGGUCCAUUGUGCAGAAUGAGGCAUUCAAGUCAAUGAAGUGGACUAAGGAAGGAGACGCCAUAAUGAUUGAGGUAGACCUUUUCCAGAAAGAGGUCCUUCAUCUAAAGGGGGCAAAGAAGAUUUUUGAAACAGACAGUUUGAAGACUUUUAUUCGCCAGCUCAACAUGUAUGGAUUCAGAAAGUUAUACCCUGAGACAUCUGUGGCUUUCUCUAAAGAGUACAAGAGAAUAAUGAUGUACCGUCACUUCAACUUUCAGAGAGAUAAGCCUGGACUUGUUGAGUAUAUCUGGGGCAAAGAAGACUUAAAAAAUUUUGCCCACCAAGCUCUCUCUGUACCCAUUCCACUUAGAUCUUCUCAAGAGCCAACUUCAAAAAAGAAGAAGUCACCUACCAGAUAUUCUCCACGAUUCUACUGCAAACCUGAGGAAGAUUGUGAAGAUGCCAAGAAGAAAAGCUCCAAUGAUCAGGCACACAAAGGAAAUCAAGGCUUUGUAUUCUCUGCUGUAUGGGCUAUGAAAUUUAUUCCUCCAUGUUCCCUAAAAAUGCAGCCUCCUAGGGAGUCAAGUAAUCCAACUGCAGAUGAUACCUCAGGUACUGUUAUAUGUGUGCCUCCAAAUGCUCCUGGAAUUCAAGGCACAGAAGAAAAUCUAAGUGCUAGUUCAUCAGAGCAACCCAUUUUAGGUUCUAUGAUGUCUCUGUACAACAGUUCUUGUUCUGCCCUGUUGUCUACCCUCUUAGGAAGGCCAACAAAUGAAUCUCCCGAUGAGGAGCAGGAGGGCUCCUCAGAUUACAAGUGUGUAAUCUGUGAACCCAUAAAGAAUAGUCCACGCUUAUGAACUCGCAGGUCCCUGAAGACCAGUAGAAAAUUUCUCCUAAGAAUAUAUCAACUUUUGGCAUCAAAAAUGUAAAUACCAUGAUGGCAAAUAAAUAAUCUAAACUAGACGCCAGAAUCAUAUCUUACCCUCUGUACCAUCCUGUAUGCUUGGCUUCCCCAAUCUUGGAUUCACUUUGUCUUUUUAGGAGAACCAGCAAUAUUUUUGAGAUCUCAGCAAAGCAUUCUUCCCAGGAGGGUGGAAAGCAAGCCUGAAAAUAUAUGCUCCCCUGGCACUUGCCUAUUGGCUACUAGCAUCACCUCACAUUGUUCAGGAUAUUCCAUUGUCCUGUGUCUGCACCCCCAACAGAGGUCAUCAGGAAAUUUCUGAUCAGGAGCUGAGGGUUACUAUCAAGAACCCAUUAGCCCUGUAUGAGCAUGCCUUCAACUAGAUGCCCAUCUGCUAAGGGGUGAGCACUACUAUGCCUUGGUCCCUGAGAUACAGACCAUUCCUCUCAGCACAUGGGGGUGGGAAACUACCUGAUACAAAAGGAAGACAGAUACUAGAAACUUUGCAACAGAACCUGCAAAAUGUUGCUACAAAA